AGACUUCAGAGUCAGUCCUGAGAGAAAGACAGAGGUUGAGUUUAUCCAUAAAUCAAAGUCCAUAACGAAAUCUAUUAUUUCAGCCUACACACUGUUCUGUUUGCUAUUGGGAAAUUAUGAAUGGGAUGCCUCGUUAUCAUCUGUGCAUUAGAGCGUUUUUCAACGUAAGCAGUUUUAAAAGUGACUUCUCGUGAUAAUAACUCUUCACAUCUGACGAAGUGUGUGAGUAAAGCAGUCUGGGCUGAGGAUCAUCAUCAUCAUCUCUCCAUCAGUGGAGGAUAAUCAGCCUCCUGUCAUGAAGUCUGUGCUGCUGGUCUGCGUGUUUCUGCUGCCUCUGCAAACACUCGCGCUGCCGCUGCGCCACAGAUUGAGCUCUCCAAGGAAGCUUCCAGAAGCAGGAGGUGGUGUUGCUGAGGAAACCAUCACCAUUCCCUCAAUAGCUCCGAGCAGCGGAGCAAGAGAGCGGCGACUGGUCUGGAGGGCUCUUCUGCAGAAAGGAGCCCUGUUGAGACAAACCAACACACCUGUCAGUCAAAACAGUGGUGCUCAGGGACAUUUCCGGGAGCGUCGGCAUGCCUUCAGAGGGUCACGUGGGCACCCGCAGCUCAUGCGUGUCGGAUGUGUCCUCGGAACCUGCCAGGUACAAAACCUGAGCCAUCGUCUCUACCAGCUAAACAGCCAAAGCAGACGCCAGGAAUCGCCAAUCAACCCCAGAAGCCCACACAGUUACGGAUAAGACCUUAUGAUGAAAGCACUUUCCAAACAAAUGUGAGACCAACAGGCAUAUUCCAUUUACAGAUGUUCCUUUGUCAGAAAUUGAGACUAUAUAAACACAUCCAUUAAUGAUGAAGACAUUAGUAGAGUAUGUAAAUGUUGGAGAUUAUUCAGAAAACGUCUAUUAGAUGUUCAUAAACUUCAUGCAGAGUCAUGAGGAAGAUGAUAGAUGGAUAUUACUCCUAAACAUUAGAAGAACUGAAGAGCAAAAAGAGGGAAAGUUUGUCCAAGACUGUGCUGUUCCUGACUGUGUUUAGCUUCUACUGUCCUGCUGAAGGAGCUCAAGAUGGAAGAAGACGUUUAGUAUUGAUCAUUUCAGGCUGAUCUGAAUAUUUUGAGCAGAGCAUUUCAGCCUGGAUUGCUCAGUGUAUCUCACGAAUACCUUAGAGUGAUGUUUUUAGCAGACAAAACCAACAGAAAACACCUUAGUGGAUCUCAGGGAAGAGAAAAUACUAGAUGAAUGACCAAUUUAAAGGGAUAGUUCACCCAAAAAUGAAAAUUUCCUAAUUUAUUCUCCCUCAUGUGGUUUUAAACCUUUCUGUUUAACAUUUCUAUGGAAGUCAUUAGGUGACAGCCGUUAUCAUUCUUCAAAGUAUCUCUUUUUGUUUUUAACAGAUGAAACUAAACAAAUUUGAAAUUUUUAGGUGAACUAUCCCUUUAACAGAGGACAGACUUUAUCUAAAGGUGUCAAUGUUUGCAGACACUUUUUAAAACUACUUAAUGCACUUUUGUAAUGAAGCGACUUGAAGCUUCAUUAUCUUUAUGGAAAUCCCUCCCGUUUGAGAAGAUUGCCUGAGCUCUGAGUGGAGACACAUCGCCCUUGACUGAGCCAAUGAAAGUCUCACGUGAAAACACUAAGAGUAAACAUUCAGACAUUCAAUAUAUACCUAAAUAUUUAUGCAUUUCAGUGCAUUUGGUAAAUUAAAAUUUAUUUAAAAGACA